GCCCUUCAUGUACAGGUCACAGACGGAUAUCGACAAGUCAGGCUCGUUGGCCGGGACGGAGGGGUUUCCAGAGCCCCUGGUCCUCUGCAAGUCACUCCACACGUCUCUGGAAUUCCUCGCAGGUGAGGACCCUGAAGCCAGGCGCCUGCGGACAGUGAAGAACAUUGCUGAUCUGCGGCAGAACCUGGAGGAGACCAUGUUCAGUCUCCGAGGAACUCAGAUCAGUCACAGCACCCUGGAGACGACCUUCGACAGCAGCGUGACCACAGAGGUCAGCGGGCGAGGCGGCGUGCUGGGCAGCCGGCCUGCCUCCACGCUGCCAUGGCGACAGGGUUCGUCCAGUCCCCGGCUGCAAGCGGGCGACGCCCCCUCCAUCGGCCCGCGCUCCGGCGGGAACGCCGCUCGAUUCGGCGGGAACGGCGGCCGCUAUCAGCUCCACCACCGACAGACCAGCGCCGCCGCCAUCGCCGGCGGCAACCCGCACCUGCCGGACAUGGCCGAGGAGGAGCUGGACGCCUUCGCCGUGGAAACCGCCGGCUACAUGAGCGACGGCGACAUCCUGAGCAAACCCGUGAGCCGGAUCGACACCAUCGGCACCAGCGGCUACAUGACGGACGGCGGGUUAGGCAUGUACACUCGGCGGUUGAACCGGCUGCCUGAGGGAGGCAUGGCUGUGGUCCGGGAGAACGUGCACCGUAGCGGAGCCAGCCAGGCCGACACGGACAGUUGGGAUGAUAGCAGCUCGGUGAGCAGUGGCAUCAGCGAUACGCUGGACACAGAUGAGCUCAACACCAGCUCCUCCGUCAGCUCCUACGUCAACACGCCCUCCGCCCCACGCAAGGCCAUAGGCCAGCAGCCCCAGACGGACGCGGAGAAGCACUCGGCGGCCGAGCUCAGCGGCACCUGGUCCGGCGACGAGGCCAAGUGCUGCCCGGACGUCGGCUCCAAGAUGGACGCCGGCUCGGCCAAGUGGUGCCGCCGGCCCUCCGACCUCUCGGACGAGUCGGACAAGAGCUCGUCGAGUCGCAAGGCCUCAGCGACGAUGACGUCGAUGCCCACGGGCAUCUCUCACACGGGCUCCUGGAGGAGGGGCAUGACGGCGCAAGUGGGCGUGACGACGCCACGGACGAAAGCGCCCACGUCGACGAGCGGUGGCACGCGGAGUCACAGCGCGGGUAAGACGGACGACGCCAAGGUGUCAGAGAAGGGCUGCCUGCCUUCACGCUCCAACGGUCACCAGUCCUCGGACGUUGGCCGGGACGACACCAGGAAGCCUCCGCUCUCGGCCUCCUCCUCCUCUUCCUCCCGCGCCUCCCAGACGUCCUGCUCCCCGGGCAACCCCACCACCACCUUCGGCUUCAAGAAGCAGACGGCCAUCUUCAGCGGCUCGGCCACGCUGGGCAAGAUGCCCAAGUCCAUGGGGCCGCUCCAGAGCGGACGCGGCGCGGGCCUGUGCCGGCAGAGCAGCGUGGACGACGCCUACCUGCCCGUCAGCUCGCUCGGGGUCACCCGGGGGUCGCUGCAGUACCGCAGCCUCCCCCGGCCCAGCCGCUCGUCCGCGCGCUCCGCCGCCGCCGGCUCGGACGGCGGCCUCCGCACGGCCACGCUGCCCAAGGGACGGAGCGUCGGCGCCAAGGCCUCGGCCGCCGCGGGUCUCCCGCUAACCGCUAACGGCGUGGGCGGGAGCAGCAACCAGACGGACCGGGAGAAGGGCUCGGAGGUGGACGGUGGGAAGACGGCGCUACAGGCGGGAAGUGGACGGCAGGCGGCGGGGAAGUACAGUGAGAUGUCCUCUCCUACUCUGCGCAGGUUGUUCGGAGGCAAGCCCGGCAAGCAGGCAUCUCUCUCCGGCGGCGAGAGCGGCAAAAACGCCACCGUCAUCUCCAACCCCCACGCCACGUCCGGCCAGCAGAACGGUCCCGGAGGAUGCGCCGCCGCUGCUGCCGUCGACUCGGCCUGGAGCUCCACGCUGGCCUACCCUGCGCCGCAGGGAAAUGGCGGGGGCAGCGAGCCGGCGGAGGGGGCCCUGGUCAGGGAGGAGGUGCUGGCCACCCGUCUGCACACCUCUGGAGGGAUGGUCAAAGCCGGCCUGGCCGCCAGGUAUGCUCACCUGCCCCAGCUGCGUAGCCAGGAGGAGCCACGUGAUUGGCUGCGCUCACACUCAGCGGGCGGUCUGCAGGAAUCAGCGGUUGGCACCCACCCCUUCUCCCCCGGCCUCACGUCCCCCUCCGGCACGACCCGCUUCAACUUCGCCCAGCUGGCAGGCAGUCAGCCAACCGCUACUCAUGUCAACAUGGCCGCCCUGCGCACCGCCAACGGUCUAGCCAAUCAGGACGGGCCCUGUGUCGACCCCUACAGCGACCCGCGUCUGCGCAACUCGUCGAUGUCGCUGGAGGAGAAGGGUCGCACCAUGAGCAACUCGGGGUCCUUCAGGGACGGCCUGGAAGAAGUUCAUGGCUCCUCACUGUCGCUGGUGUCCAGCUCGUCCUCAGUUUAUUCCACGCCUGAAGAGAAAUCACAUACAGAGAUUCGCAAGCUUAGGAGGGAGUUGGAUUCCUCCCAGGAGAAGGUGUCGGCCCUUACUACUCAGCUGACGGCUAACGCUCACCUGGUGGCUGCGUUUGAGCAGAGCUUGGGGAAUAUGACCAUCCGACUGCAGGGUCUGACCAUGACGGCAGAACAGAAGGACUCUGAGCUUAACGAUCUGAGGAAGACCAUCGAGCUGCUGAAGAGACAGAACACAGCAGCCCAGGAGGCCAUCAACUGUGUCAUCAACACGCCUGACCUCAACGGCAAAGGUCCUUCCAACUCAGCCAGUGGAUCGCCACAGUUGCAGUCUCCAUCUCACAUGCUGUCGCAGUCUCCGCCACAGCUCCAGCUGCAGCUCCAGCUCCAGCCCCAGACGCAGGCCCAGUCGCAGACGCAGACGCAGACGCAGACGCAGAUGGACCUGCGCAUCCACAGGCAGCACUCGUCUGACAGCGUGUCCAGCAUCGCCAGCGCCACCAGCCACUCCAGCGUGGGCAGCAACCUGGAGCUGGACGCCAAGAACAAGAAGAAGAGGAAGAACUGGCUACGGAGCUCUUUCAAGCAGGCCUUCACCAAGAAGAAGUCGCCCAAAUCCGCGUCGUCCCACUCCGACAUCGAGGAAAUGACCGACUCCUCGCAGCCUUCCUCCCCCAAACUGGCCCACAACGGACCCGCCUCCUCCGCCCCCAUGCUCCGCACCUCUCACUCCAACUCUCUCCCUGUCCUCACCCCGCUGCCUGCUCGAACGCGAGGCUGGGGCAGUAACAGUGCUCUCAUGAGGACAGGCUCUCUGGCUCGGAUCUCCGAGUGCGUGGACACCGACGCCGAGACGGUCAUGCAGCUGCGCAGCGAGCUGCGGGACAAAGAGAUGAAACUGACCGAUAUCCGCCUGGAGGCCCUGAGCUCUGCCCACCAGCUCGACCAGCUGAGGGAGUCCAUGAACGGCAUGCAGGGUGAGAUAGAGAAGCUGAAGUCGGAGAAUGACCGUCUGAAGACGGAGUCUCAGGGCAGCUUCAGCAGAGCCACGUCCCAGUCGUCCUCCCUCAGUCCCUCUCUACCAGCGCUCUCCUCCCAGCAGAGCCUGAGCCUCAGCGAGUCCACCAGCCUCGACAUGUUGCUGGAGGACUGUGGGGAUGGAGGCUCCAGGAAAGAAGGCCGGCGUGUGAAGAUCGUAGUGAGCUUGGAGGACGAGGCCAAAUGGAAAGAGGACGGCAGCCCUCGUCAGUUCCUGAUCGGCUCCAUCGGUGUCAGUGGGAAAACUAAAUGGGAUGUGCUGGAUGGGGUGGUCAGGCGUCUCUUUAAGGAGUACAUCAUCCACGUAGACCCGGUGAGCCAGCUGGGCCUGAACUCGGACAGCGUUGUGGGCUACAGUAUUGGGGAGGUGCACCGCACCAACGGGGCAGAAACACCUGAGCUGCUACCCUGUGGGUACCUGGUGGGCGAUAGUGACACCAUCGCUGUCAAGCUUAAAGGUGUGUGUGAGAGCAGCACGGACAGCCUGGUGUUUGAGACGCUGAUCCCCAAGGCCAUGCUGCAGCGCUACGUGACGCAGCUGCAGGAGCACCGGCGCAUCAUCCUGUCCGGCCCCAGCGGCACCGGCAAGAGCUUCCUGGCUAGCCGGCUGGCCGAGCACAUGGUGCUGCGCGAGGGACGGCCGCUCGCCGACGGAGCCGUCGCCACCUUCAACGUGGACCACAAGUCCAGCAAGGAGCUGCGUCAGUACCUGUCCCACCUGACGGAGCAGUGCAGCAGCGGCAGCAUGAGUGGCCAGGUGGAGGACAAGCCCCUGGUGCUCAUCCUGGACAACCUGCACCACCUCAGCUCGCUGGGCGAGAUCUUCAACGGCCUGCUCAGCGCCAAGCACCACUACUGCCCUUACAUCAUCGGCACCAUGAAUCAGGCCAACGCUUCCACCCCCAACCUGCAGCUUCAUCAUAAUUUCAGGUGGGUUCUGUGUGCCAACCACACGGAGCCGCUGAAGGGCUUCCUGGGACGCUUCCUGCGCCGGAAGCUUCUGGAGACGGAGAUCAGCAGCCGCACGCGGAGCGCGGAGCUGGUGCGCGUGGUGGAGUGGCUGCCCUGCAUGUGGCACCACCUCAACCGCUUCCUGGAGGCCCACAGCUCCUCCGACGUCACUAUCGGGCCGCGGCUCUUCCUGUCCUGCCCCAUGGAUGUGGAGGGGGCGCGGGUGUGGUUCACAGACCUGUGGAACUACUCCAUCAUCCCCUACAUGCUGGAGGCAGUCAGAGAAGGACUACAGCUGUAUGGGCGCAGGGCGGCCUGGGAGGACCCUGCCAAGUGGGUGAUGGAGAGCUUCCCGUGGGCGGCCAGUCCUCAGCAGCACGAGUGGCCGCCGCUCCUGCAGCUCCGGCCCGAGGACGUGGGAUUUGACGGCUACUCGCUGGCCCGCGAGGGCGGCCACAGCAAGCAGGACGCUCAGGGAGAGGCCGAGAGCGACCCUCUAAUGAACAUGCUGAUGAGGCUGAAGGAGGCGGCUCAUUCCACAGGCCCUCAGAGCUACGACAGCGACUCCAACAGCAACAGUCACCAAGACAACGUGAUCGACUCUUCACUGGAGUCUACACUGUGAUGUCCAGACGGCCUGCUCUCAGUAGUGACAAACUGAAAAAGAUACUUUAUAUCAAGCAAUAAGAGACUCGCUUGUCUCUCUUCCUGAAAGGACUGCAGGUAAAAGCAGAGAUUUUGGGAGGGACAGUGAAGCGCAAAAUGGUAAAAAGCGAAUUAAAGUGAUACAACUAUGAGGAAUUUCAGCCUCUGCUUCGUGGAAGUUCACAUCAUUUUACAUGUCUUUUUUUGUGAACAACACAAAUGUGAACUGUGAACCCAACGUUUCAACAGAAAACCAGAGUCAUUAAAACUCCAACCUGUCGGUGUUAAUGCAGGUUCGAGUAACAUUUGCAUCACUAAAUGAUGUGGGUCUCAGCUGUGACUACUUUUCAUUUUUAUCUGUCCCGUUUCAAUCAAUACACUUUUGUGUCAUGUUUUUUUUCAUUAACGCAUGUCUACAGUCGACAUGCCUAUUUCACACGCAGAGUAUGCAGUGAAACACUCUGACAAACCCCACACACACAGUAACUACUAAUCAGCGCACUCUGUGUUGUUGAGUCCUCGGACCAGUUAAGAUGCAGGAACAUCACAGUCUUCAGAUUCAUACUUCUACAGCCUUUUUUGUACUUUGUAUGCACAUUGUGUAAGCACAUUUUCACAAAACUGAAAUUGAACUGCACCAGUCUGUUGGAACUCGGCUCCCUCAGCUGGUUCCACUGAACCAUCCUGUCGCUACCUGCAUCUACUCGCAAUGCCUUAGUGCUUGUCUAGCAGAGAUGAGAGCACCUGUUCGCGUCCAUGUGAACGUAGCUCCAGGGCUGUACACGCUAGUGCCUCAGCAGUGCUCUGGUAGAGGUCAAGAAUACAAAUAGAGAAAUGUGUUGAGCCCCUCUGAUGCUGAAGUGAUGGUCUUCCCUGGUCAGCUCCAGCUGGGUGAUCGGGACUUUGAUCAUGUAGUUUUGCGGUCUGACUGAGGUAUUGAAUCACACUGUAUGUAAUUAUGAGGCACAGUAAUCUAAUGCUAGGUGAUGCUAGCAUUUUUGUAUGGAAACAAGCACACCUAUCGGAGCUGAGCCCCAGGGCAAGGCACAGAGAGAGCCUUGUGGCGUUGUAGGUGGUCAGAUUUCUGAGCCGCUUUGUCUAACGUGAGAGUGCGUUUAUCCCAAGUGCUGACUGAAGAGCCGAAAGCACCACUGGUUUUUGUGAGCUGGAGAAGUUCCUGAGACUUUAGAAGCACUUUUGGGGGAUCUGCACAUGCUGUUCCCAGCUCUCCUUUGAACUGAACUGCUGGCGUGCCUAGUAGUCCGCUUGGAAGACUUAGCGCAGUCCCUAUUUGCAUUAAGUAUAAAUGAGUCUUCAGUGUUGCUUUAGUGGGAGUGACUGCACUUUAUUCCCUCAGCAGAUGAAGUGUCUUAAGAUCCAAUUUCACUCAUAUUACUCCCCUUUGAAUUCAUUCAGUCUCGGUGAGUUGUUUUAUUGUUCUUAUUUUGAGUGCUAUAUAUCUAUCUGAUAAAGAAAUCUAUGCAACACCCAUUUUCCUUUUUUUUUUUUUUUUUAUUUGGACUGAAACCAAAUAGGUACCCCGCAGUUUUAGGAGCUGCUAGUGUUUGUUGUGCCGAAAGUUCAUUGACAUGUGAAUCCUCCCGAGCUUUUUUGUUGAUGUUUUUGUUUAUUUGUGUUGUUUUGUUGGACUACCAUAUCUUUGUGUUUAAGAAUGUUAAGGUUCAUGUCAUCAAAAUAAGAGGGAGGAGUUGUUGACCACGUUGUUAAGAUGUUUGAUCAUUUGUGUGUGGGAAUUGAAUCAUUCAUUGUGUAGUGCAAUUCGUUUUUGUACAUUUUUCUUGUGUUUGUAACAUACGUUUGUAAAUAUCUGAUUUCAGAUCAACAUUUUGAGAACUUUUUCUAACAACUUUUAAGAGAGAUAGGCCAUGUUUUUAUGUACAGUGCUCAACAGUAAGGUUGUAGAUUUUCAGUCACAGUCUGUAAAUUCCAUGGCAGUACAUAUUAUCACUGUUCAAAUUGUUUGUUUUUGUAUAUUAAAAUGCAUCUGUAUUGAAAGGUU